ACUAUAUAAUUCAAAUUUAACGGUUAAAACGCCGACUUUAUGCUACCUGUAACAUAACCACAACAGUUUCCAAAUUGGCAGCUAACUUGCAGUGGAGCAAUGAAGAGAGUAACGAGUACGAAAUGCCAUUUUCCACUGAGAGUGUACCGGAGCACAUAACCACAGACGUAGAGAAAUAUGAAAAUAGUACCCCCACCGCCUAACCAACUCACUUCUUCAAGCAAUUUUCAGCUGAUAAGCGCAAACUGCGCAAUGCUUUACAAAUAACAACAACAGCAAAUAUAAGCUACUGGAGCUCACACCGUGGACUCCAUGCCCACAGCAUAAGCCACCGCAUACAGCAACAGCGUUGACGCUCACUUUGCAGUUUGGAGCAACAACAACAAUACAUACCUUUAAUAAGAGCACACGACAUUGUUGUGGAAAAUCCGAAAAUGUUCGACGUGCGCACUGUAACGAGCGCUUUGUGUGGCGACGAGUCUAACGGCAAAUGAAAACGAAAAAUUGACAGUUGUGGCUGAAAAGCGAAACGCGAAACACGUCUGUUAGACGAAACGGAAAUAAUUGCAGUGAAAUAACAAAAUUUGUUCUGAAAUUGUGAAUUUUUACUUUUACAUAUGUAUUAACCGUUAUGUGUGUGCAAACUUUGUUAAUUGAAAACGAAAAUAUUUUUUGGUGUUUGAAGAAAGCUGUCUUGAGUUGAAGUGACGUACGUGCCAACACAAAAGUGUAAGUGUGCUGUGUUGUUGCCAAAAAUAUGCUUGGCUUGUAAAUAGUUACAUACAUAUGUAUGUACGUAUACAUAUGUACUCCAUGUAUGUCAAAGUGGGUGUGCAAGUGUCAUUAUCCUUACAACAAUAACUGCUGUUGAAAAGUCGAGCAACAACAAAAAACGCUUGUGCUUGUGUACGCACUUAUAAGCACAUACAUAAGAGUCAUUAAAAGUUGGAAAAAUAACAAAAAAUUAGAACAACAAUUUUAUAAAAACUACGCAGCUGAAAUAUUUUGCUAUUUUCUUCUUUUUUUUUUGUAACAUGCGUUGAUGUUUUUAAAGUGCGGAAUUCUACUUGUGGCAUACUAAUUUACAUAUAUACUACAUAUGCAUGCAUAGGCAUAAAUUAAAGCUUAUGUGCAUAUACAAUACAUGCCUAAGAUGGAAUAAUGGCAACGCACAAUAAAUACGCGAUUUAAUUAUUAUUACUUUUUUUGAUUUUAAAUCAAAAAUAUUUUUGUUUUCCAAUUGUGGGCAUAGAAUUAUCAACAGCAGAUACUACUACUCAAUAAACGUCAGCAAGUGUAAAUAAAAAAUUAAAAUAAAUAAAAACACUCAAAUAAUAAAAAACAACAAAAUAUACUCUAACAAAGUCAACAAAAGCAUCUGUGGCAACAGUCAACAGCAAUCAUUGCGUUCAGUGGGGUCAAUGACGAGAACGUCUCAUUGAAUUUGUGAACUGGUAAAAUUCAGCUAGCAAUACAUUUGGUUUUAAGCUUGAUUCACUGCCGUUUAUACAACACCGCGCGGUCGUCAGACAUUGUGUGAGAACGCGCCGCCAGACGAUACGUACAACGGGACAGUACGACGUAUUCGUCAGGCGCACAGCUAUAAGGAACUUAAAUUGCUGGUCGACAGACAGUUGCGGUUGCAGACCGCGCAGGGUAAGCGCAGCGUGACCAAUUACUGCAACGAAAGGGUUGACGCGCGCUAUCGUCAGCACACGAACGCCGAAGGUGAAGGGUUUUGUAGCCGCAAAGCGUUUAAUUGCGCCACAACAGAUAAAGUAGAAGACGAGAAGUCAUCAAAGCGGCAGAUAAAUAGCGGCGCUGACGUCAAUGCAGACAGCACUAAUGCUAAUGGAAAAUUGCACGAUUAUAAUGAUGGGUAUGUUGAUGAUGACGCUGACAAUAGUAGUGCAAAUGACAGCGUAGAGAAAGUGAAAGCACAAGUAUUGCAAGUGUCACGUAGUAAACAAGAAAAUAAUAAACAAAAUUUGUACCAAAAAGUGCCAGUGGCAAAGCAAACGGCGCGUACAGCUAGUGCAGAAAGUGAUGGCCACAAAGUAACACGAAAUCAGCAUUGCGCUACAGCGUUUACAAAGGUUAGCACGUACACACACCAAGCGGGAACGCAUACCGUUAAUUACAGCAAGAACGAACAACCGGUUAGUGCAACAGCAGUCAGAGCUUUAAUCACCACCGAAAACUACUUGCGCUUAGCUUGUGAAUACUACGAUCAAGGAGUGUUGCGGCACGUCGAGUACCUACAAGCUAUCGGCAGGCGGAACGCCGCGCUACGCGAGCAACGCAGAUUUGCAACAGCGUGCGGGCAAACGUCACAAACGACGCGCAGCAGCAGCAACGAGGGGACAACUUCGCGCGAUAGCAGCGCCACGAAUACGCCGGUUAGUACGCCACGUGUGCGCAGCGCAGAGCACUGCUUUCGUUUAACGAAUUUAUUGCGACGCAUUGGCCGUAAGCGCACCUUCAAAGUUGGCUGUAGCGCCACUGCUGUAAACGCGCCGCCUGCAGAGCGCUUGCAACAUAAUCCGUGCGCGAUACGCGUUAACAUUAAACCGUUUGUGGGGCGCGCGGUAAAAGCGUUAAAAGCGACGCGGCAAAAGAACGUCGCGCCGCCGACCACGUCGAACACGCCAACCACGCCAGUAGCGCGUACGCCUGAUGGUUGUAGCAUGAACGAUUAUUUGAAUGCCAAUUCGUCAACCGCAAUAACUACAACAACAGUGGCAGCGCGCGCGCAUUUCCAUGAAUUAAUUGAUCAUCUAAUGCAAUUAGAGAUAAGUGAUAUUGAUGCGUCAUUGCCGAAAAUUACAUUAACAGAUUGUUCAACCAUUGCUAAUGCGGAGCCAGUAGAGGUAGCGCAUACUGAUACGACAACAACAAGCCAUAGCAACGAUAACGCUUUUGCAUUUCAAUUUGACAACGCUUACAAUAGCAACAAUUUUAGUGCCUACAACGCGUUCGAUUCGCAAGUCGCUGAGCAAAAUCAGCAGCUGGUGCAAACGUCGGCGCGUCGUAACGGUUUCACGCUGAGACAAACGAAAUUCGGUACCUCGUAUUCGAGUCUCGAUAUUCCUGACGAAGUCUACUAUAACAGCGAGGCGCGGCCACCGUAAAAGCCUUGCCGUCACUAUUUGUACAAACUCAAGUGUCCUGCCACUUCACGCAACUUAAGCACAGCAGCAAAUACUUCAUCUCUCAAGAAACUCAACAAACAAGCGAAGUGUAGAAGAAUUAACGAACCAACAACCGACCGAUAUCAUCGUAAGCCAUCGUAGCUUAACAUUUUUCGUGCCAGCAUCCAUUCAUUGUCCAACUAAAGUGCAACAUCAAGUGUGUUCGACGCAGUAGACCGUUACCACCGAUAACAUUAUUGUUGUUGUUAUUUUAUUUUGAUUUAUCCAACGGUUUUUCGCGCGUCAUCGUCGCUGUAAACAAUGGUUGCAAUCGCACAUCGUCAAAAGUCAUCGACAGCAGCAACAGCAACAGCGACAGCGACCUCAGCAGAAACAAUCAAUAUAGCCGUACUAUCGCCAACAUCGUCCGCCUCAUCCACAUCGGCUGCGUCAAAUACAACCACCACCACCACUUCGAGCACUCAACAGCAGCAGCAGCAACAACAAUUACAAAUAAAGAAAGAGGAGCAGGAGGAAAAACCGCAUUUGGUGGACGACGAAAUAUUGAAAACCAAUCAGAAAUCGCCAAUAAAACAGAAACUGGCUAAAAUGUCUGAGUUGGACUCACCCGCCGAGCUACAAAAUUCGGAGAAACAGCAAGCACAUAAGACUACUGCCGGUGCCGUAUCGAAAAGUGCGGUUAGUCAGCGUAAUGUCGAUAUAAAGAUUGCCAAAAAAUCGAACUUGGAUGCGGCCACUAAGGAGCUAACGAAGAAAGUACUCAAAUUGGAUUUGACGGGGAAGGAGUUGGACGAAUUUUCGAUUAAAUCACCCAAAUCACCAAUAGCGCGCUUACCACAUCAAACAUCGCUUACCUCCUCAGUCGAUGUGGAGGAUCGUAAAACGUUACGUGAGGCCUUAUACCAGGGUAUAUUUCAUCGUCAUCGAAGAACCAUCUUUGCCGUAGGUAGCUUCUUACGCAUGUUACGCAGUCGCAAUUCACAAUACAACACCAUACGUAGCUCAUCCGAGGGCGAGGAUGUGGAUGAGGUUAGAUAAGACAAUGAAAAUGUGUAGACACAUCAAUCUACAGUUAUAAAUCAAUAAAUUAACGGUUAUAUGAGAAAGAAAGAAACAAAAAUCAUACAAACACAUAUGCAUACAUACAAACACAAGAAGAAUCAAGCAUAGAAAGUAAUGAUAAGCGUAUAUAUGUUACGUGAGCGAUAUAAAUAAAAUAUUAGUGUUAAUAAAUGCAACACAUACAAGCAAAGAUACAACAAAUUGGUGCAAUGUUGGUGGUGCGAUAAUGCGGACGCGCCUAAAUCUAUAUUUAGUUAUAUUCAUUUGGGAGUAUGAAAUAUACGCCGUCUUCGCUUCGCCAAACCUUGCCUUGUAGCGUGACGAAUCUAACUAACAACUGUCAUAAAUGCAAGAGACUGGUAUAAUCUGGUAGUAGCGAAAAAGCAAGUAUGUAUGUAACUUCUGUAAGCUACAUACAUACUCUCUUCUAGCAUAUUGAGCUGUAUAGCUGUGUUGUUGCUCUCCAUUUUAAUUUUUUUGGUAAGAGCGCGGCGCUCAAACUUAGCUAGCAGAGUAGUGGCGAAUCAAAGACGGCUAUCGAAUGCAGGAAAGAGCAAAUAAAGCUAUAUAUUUGUAUAGUUAAUAUCCGCAGCACCAUAGCCUACAUACCUAUAUACAUACUUACAUAUAGACACCCAUAUAUCUACUUAUUUAACGAAAAUUGUUAGUUAAUUAGUGAAAAUAUUAACGCAAGAAUUUACGAAAAUUGUGAAAUAGAAAGUUGUUCUAUCUAUUUUAUCCCGAAACACAUGCAUACAUACUUAUGUAAUUACCACAAAAGAAUUAAAAAAAAUUCAAACCUAUUUUGUAGCUCCUUCUGUAGUUCUAUUCACUGUAAAUUGGCAUGUAGCUUCGUAACUAAUUCUGUAAGCCUGCAAGUUUAUGAUAUAAUUUGAAAAUUGUAAGUAUAUUUUGCACGAUUCAUUAAAAUUUUAAGAAAUGUCAUUUUACAACUGAAAAAUCGCUUGAUUUAAUAUAUAAAAUGUAUUCGUGUAGCACUUAGUUUUCUUACUACGAAAAAAAUCGAGCAAAGAAAACAGAAGAUAUAUAUGAAGAAAAUAUUUUAAAUCAAAUGCAUAUAAACCUAACAAAUUUGUUAUACGAGUAGCUGUCGCAUGUAUAAGACAAACGAGUUUUAUUAUAUACAUACAUACAUGAGUAAUAUUUUUCAAACAGUUUUGCUUAACACAUUCCGUAUAAGCCGAAUAACCUCGAAUUAGUUACUUACAUACAUAAUAAAUCAUAUAUAUAUAUA